AUGGGUUGUGGAAGUUCUGAUGUGAGAGACAAUACUAAUUCUAAUGGAUAAAAAUCUAAUAGAGGAAAUCAAUUUAAAAAAGAGGAUGAAUCAAAAUAAAAAGAUAAUAAUCAAGUUGAUGGAUAUUUUAGAGAAGAAAAGAUAAAAAAAGAAAAGAUGCUAACCUUACCACGAGAAGAUCGCCAAUUUCAAGAAGAUGGACAUAAUCUGGAUAAAAAUAAAGAAAAGAAAUAAUCUAAUAAACCAACGAAAGCUGCUUUUUGA